AUGUCUGUGAUCAAAGAGCUCCUGCAGGCCAGAAACCUGUUACUGGUUAUCGUAAUCCCACUGUUGUUGCUUCCUCUGCCGCUCUUGUACCCUACUAGCGAAGCCUCGUGCGCUUACGUGCUGAUAGUGACAGCGGUGUACUGGGUUUCAGAAGCGGUGCCGCUUGGAGCGGCAGCCCUUGUUCCUGCUUUCCUCUACCCACUGUUUGGAGUCAUGAAGUCCAGCGAGGUGGCUGCAGAAUACAUCAAGAACACCACCUUGCUUCUCAUGGGGGUAAUUUGUGUGGCAGCCUCUGUUGAAAAGUGGAACCUACACAAACGGAUCGCCUUGCGCAUGGUUAUGAUGGCUGGAGCAAAACCGGGCAUGCUGCUCCUUUGUUUCAUGUGCUGUACCACUGUGAUAUCCAUGUGGCUUUCCAACACAUCCACAGCAGCCAUGGUGAUGCCCAUUGUAGAAGCUGUGCUACAGGAACUAGUGAAUGCCGAGGAGGACUGUGAGGUGAAUGGUACCGCAGGCAACACCAUCCUGGAAGAGAGAGAGACAAUAGGUCUCGGUGAAAAACAUGGGCAAGCAUCACUGGAGCUCAUUUUCAUCAACGAGGAUGCUACCACUGCUGACUUCAGCUCUCUGAUGCAUUCCAAGAACAUGAAUGGUGUACACAUGAUAGCCAACACAAUUGGAACAGUGAGCUCCAAAUCCAACGGGCAGCAUCUGCCUCAGGCUCAGAUCCUUGUUCUGCCACCUCAGCCACAAAAUGUGGACCUCGAUAGUAAACACCGGUACCCAUCUAAGCAUGAUCAUAUGGUCUGCAAGUGCCUGUCGUUGAGCAUCUCCUAUGCAGCGACCAUUGGGGGACUCACAACCAUCAUAGGCACCUCCACCAACCUCAUCUUCCUAGAGUAUUUCAACAACCACUACCCCAAUGCUGAUGUGGUGAAUUUUGGUACCUGGUUCUUAUUCAGCUUACCCAUCUCUCUCAUCAUGUUGGUGCUGACCUGGUUCUGGAUGCAUUGGCUUUUUCUUGGUUGCAAUUUUAAGGAGACAUGCUCAAUAAGCAAGAAGAAGAAGACCAAACGGGAAGAGAUGUCUGAGAAGAGAAUCCAAGAAGAAUACGAGAAACUGGGAAAUAUUAGCUAUCCUGAGAUGGUGACCGCAUUCUUUUUCAUCUUGAUGACCUUGCUCUGGUUUACAAGGGAGCCCGGAUUUGUACCAGGCUGGUCGUCUUUCUUUGAAAAGAAAGGCUACCGGACUGAUGCCACCGUCUCGGUCUUCCUUGGCUUUCUCCUCUUCUUGAUUCCAGCAAAGAAACCAUGCUUUGGAAAGAAGGGGAAAGGUAUGAGAGACUCGCAAAUGUGCUCAAGGGAGCCAAUCAUCACCUGGAAGGACUUUGAGAAAACGAUGCCGUGGGAGAUUGUGGUUCUGGUGGGAGGUGGUUAUGCUUUAGCAGCUGGAUGCAAGACCUCUGGCCUUUCCACAUGGAUUGGGCGGCAAAUGUUGUCUCUGAGUAGCCUUCCAUCUUGGGCUGUCAGUCUGCUAGCCUGCCUCCUGGUAUCCAUAGUAACAGAGUUUGUCAGUAACCCAGCAACCAUAACAAUCUUCCUACCUAUUUUAUGCAGUAUGUCAGAAACUCUGCAAAUCAACCCUCUGUACACUCUGAUUCCUGUCACCAUGUGUAUUUCUUUUGCGGUGAUGCUCCCAGUAGGCAACCCUCCAAAUGCCAUUGUCUUCAACUAUGGGCACUGUCGGAUCAAAGAUAUGAUCAAAGCUGGCUUUGGUGUCAAUCUGAUUGGUCUAGUAGUUGUCACAGUGGCAAUAAAUACUUGGGGAAUCAGACUCUUUCAACUGAAUAUGUUUCCAGACUGGGCAAUUGUCAGCAACAUCACUGGCCCAUCAUAGUCACCACUGGCAGAAUUCGCUAGAUUUCAGCAAUUGAAGCAAUGUAUUUGCACACACUUUAAGAAAGGAAGACUUGAGUGUAUAUUAUUCCAGUAAGCAGAACUAAAUACUCCGUUUGAGUUUUUCUCAGAGAUCAUCAUGUCUCCACCAUCUAGUACUCUCUUUAUCUUUGAAAACUACAAUGGAACGAUUUUGCUUUGGGUUUUUUCCAGACCUUUCCCAUUAUUUCCACAGAAAACCAAUUUUUGACAGAUAGAACAUGUAACCAGUCUUUAUCAUUUUUUACUUGAUGGGGUAUAUAUAACUCACAGUGGCUUCAGUUCUACAUUUAAA